AUGGCUGCUGCAGCUGUUUUCGCACAGUUGAUCGUUGCUCUGUCCAUCCUCUUCUCAACCGCAGGAUCCAGUGAUCCAGUGUUCAGAGUGGUUGGAGAUUCUCUUAAGCUGGAGAUAAAGGGAUCUGUAUCAGAGUUUGUUGACUUUACCUGGACGUUUAACGCAACUGUUAAUGUUCAAAAAUAUUAUAAAGAAUUGAAACAUAUUCAACUUGGCCCCUGUUAUAAAGACAGAGCGAAGUUUAACAAUAAAACCUGCAGUCUGAUCCUGAAGAAUCUAAAGAAGAAUGAUAGUGGACUGUAUGAGGUUAAAGCAUCCAGUGCAGCACAUAUAACUACUGCUAUGUACAGACUCUCUGUUUUAGAUCCAGUGGAGCCUCCAGUUCUGACUGUCUAUAACACCACUGACCCCUGUAACAUCACCCUCACCUGCAGAGGUCACGACCUCUCUAUCAACUCCACCUGUUAUAAAAAGACCUGUGAGGAGAAGGAAGUGACAUCAUCUGGAGGCGUCGCCCUUUCCCUGUCAGUGCGGGACGGCGCCAUCAUCUGUAACUGUAGCAACCCAGCUAGCUGGAAGCAGGAGAAUAAAACAUUUACACACAUCUUUGCUUAUACAGAUGCAGAACAGCGUGAUAACCCCCUCUACGCAGGAGUGGAGACCAGUGAUCAGCCAUCAUCACCUGAAACAAUGUUGAAGAAGGAUUCUGCUGUGUACAGCACUGUAAUCUCCCAGCAUCCCAGUAAUAAAGAAAAAAGACACAUCACUGAAAUCAAGAUCUGCAGCUUGAUGAUGAUGCUCAACUCUAAAGGCUCUAUAGGCUUCAGGAGGUCAGGGGAAGAUGGAGCCUCACCAGGAGAUUCUCUCCUUUAA